AUGAACAGAAAGGCUUUCAACAUCUUCAUCAGCCCAGAGGCCAGUGGCAUUGUGAACUACCAACAGGUAGCUUUGUCAUUUGCCCAGGAUUUCCAAGAAGCAGGUGGCUCUAUCUUGAAAGAUUUUGAGGUAAAAGAUAUUGAGAUAGUUAAAGAAAACCCGUCAAGAAGUAAGGAUGGGAUGAAAUACCCAGUUACUGUCAAGAAUAGUGAGGGAAAGGAAAUUCAGUGUCGAUAUGUCAUGACAUGUGCCAGUCUUCACUCAGACCGUAGUUCAGAAUUGAGUGCCUGCAAUCCUGACCCUCAAAUUGUCCCAUUCCGGGGAGAUUACCUGAUCUUAAGGCCAGAAAAGGACUACCUUGUAAAAGGAAAUAUUUAUCCGGUCCCAGACAACCGAUUUCCUUUCCUAGGAGUCCACUUUACACCAAGGCUGGAUGGCACUAUCUGGCUAGGGCCUAAUGCAGUGCUUGCCUUUAAAUGGGAGGGUUACAGACCCUUUGACUUCGAUGCCAGAGAUGUUAUGGAAGUAAUUCUCAAAAGUGGUUUCAUUAAACUGGUGUUCCAGAAUUUUUCUUAUGGAGUUAGUGAAAUAUAUAAAGCCUGUUUUCUCAAUGAAACAGUGAAGCAUCUUCAAAAGUUCAUUCCUGAAAUUACCAUCAGCGAUGUACUUCGAGGCCCUGCUGGAGUGCGAGCCCAGGCCCUGGACAGAGAUGGAAAACUGGUAGAGGAUUUUGUGUUUGCUGGAGGAACUGGCGAGAUUGGAGACCGCGUUCUUCAUGUGAGAAAUGCACCUUCGCCUGCUGCCACUUCCUCCCUGGCAAAUUCUAGAAUGAUAGCAGAGGAAGUACAGCAACGGUUUAAGUUAUGA